UCCAUCUCACAAUUUAAUGCUUUGUGUUCUCAUUUUAGAGCUUAUGUAUUCAGAUUAUUCAAUAGAUGAAUAGCGUUGUGAUGACUCUUAAAGCUCAUUAAUAUUACGCACAAUAGACAAAAAAUUGUGUCAAAUUAAAUUUUAUCGCUUGAUGGCAAAUUUGUCUGUUAUUUUGAGUGUGUCCGAAGUUAAAGCUUGUUUAUUUGCUAUUGUGUUUCCUGUUUUAAUCACAAUCAAGAUUGGAUUGGUAUGAGCACAAUCAUUUGUUUGGCCGCAAAGUUGUGAAGAACACUUGCUUAUGCUCAUUUAUAAACUAAAUAAUUAGAACGCAUUGUUUUUGCUAGAGGUUUGGACUUGAUUCAGUUAAAAUAGUUUGAGCUUAGACAUAGUUACCUGACAUUAAAAUGCCUGGCGAAGAAGAAAAAGAGUACAAAAUUGUUAAAGAUGACUCUGGAAAAUACGUGUCCUAUAAGGUAUACGUGAGGCGAGACCAAAACGAUGCAUGGUUUGUUCUUCGUAGGUACAAGGAAUUCCGAUAUCUCUACGACGAAUUGGUGAAGCAAUAUCCUCAAGCCAAACUGAAAAUCCCUCCCAAGAAGAUUUUCUUCAAUUUUUCUCAGUCAACGAUCAACGAAAGGAUAACUGGUUUGAAUAACUUAGUUACACAAAUUCUUUCCGAUCAGGAAGUUGCAAAAGAAGCGAAUGUUCGAGAGUUUUUGCAAAUUGACGCUAAUCAGCCUCUACAGCCUGGAGAACAUCCGAAUGCAGAGGAACCACCAGUUGUAGACCCCGAUGCUGAUUUAUAUGCUGAGAAACUGGGAGCUACAUACAGCCGAAAAUACAAACCAUCAGAUUUUAACUUCAAUAAAACGAUUGGCAAAGGUAGUUUCGGCAAAGUUUAUCUGGCUACCAUGAAAGAAACUGGCGAAGUAUUUGCAAUCAAGGUGCUGAUGAAGAAUAAACUGAAAAGUGACAAGGAACGAAAGCAUCUGAUGAGUGAGAAAAAUGUGUUGCUGAACAACUUGAAGCAUCCCUUUUUGGUUGCCCUUCACUACUCGUUCCAAACUCCGAACAAAUUGUACUUCGUGCUCGACUAUGUCAAUGGCGGAGAGCUGUUCUUCCAUCUUCAGAAGGAAAGGCGCUUCUCGGAGAACAGGGCCAGAUUCUACGCCGCUGAAAUUGCAUGUGCUCUUGGCUAUUUGCACUCUAGAUAUGUCAUAUACAGAGACUUGAAGCCAGAAAAUCUUUUACUGGACCGAUACGGACACAUUGUCAUUACUGAUUUUGGACUGGCGAAGGAACAAAUGGACCAAGCUGAAGGCCACUGCACCAGGACAUUCUGUGGAACCCCGGAGUACCUGGCGCCCGAAGUUUUGUUGAAGCAGCCGUACACCUAUACUCUGGACUGGUGGUGCCUAGGUAGUGUGCUGUAUGAAAUGAUAUUCGGAGCGCCGCCUUUCUAUGACAGGGAUCAUCCGAGAAUGUACGAGGCCAUCAAAACGCGUGAGCCAAGAUUGGAAAAAUCGAGCGUGCAACUGACAGAGGAAGGCAAAUCAGUUCUGAAACAGAUGCUGAACAAAAACCCAAAGGAGCGUCUGGGCGCGAAAGACGAUGUGAAACAACUGGAACAACACCCGUUUUUCAAGCCUCUUGACUUCGCGGCCUUGGAACACAAAUUUAUCAAGCCUCCAUUUGAACCUAGAGUGAGAGGCGACGAUGAUGUGGCUAAUAUUGACAGGGAGUUUGUCCAGAUACCAGUCGGGGAAUCGGUGAAAGGGGAAUCUAAUUUGGAAGUUAACGUGACGUCUAGUGACAAAAUUGACGCAAAUAACUUUGUAUCAUUCACCUAUUCCAGACCAUUUGACGAGCAUCUAAAUUAAAUUAAGAUGUCUUCUGCUAAUUUACAGCUACAAGAAAACAAACAACUUCUUAUCAAUCUAUCGCCUUACUUUUAUUAGUUCAAUUUAAAGAUUAUUUAUUGUACUCCAGAUCUAGUUUUAGAAGCUUUAUCAAUUAAGUCAAUGGUGCUCAUCUUUUAUCGGAAUAUAUAAAUUUGAGAUUUAAUUUAUUAAUGAUUUAACUUAGACUCUAUUCUGAAUUUGAAACUGUAUUUGGUGGAAAACUUGUUUAAUCGAAUUAUUAUUUUCGCUGUUUCGAAGUGUUAAUGAACGAAAUUCAAUUUCAAUGUCAAAAGGAUUUAACGUGA